UGGUCAUAGCAGGCACUGCAGGCUACCCCAGCCGGGUGCUAUACCUGGAGGUGACCCUGGGAAAGUCCUGGGGGUAAACGUGGGAAUUCUCCGACGACUCUCCUCCGGGGCAUGUUCUGGGGUUGGCUCUCCAUGACCCUCGAAAACAGUGCCGCCUCGACCCCACAAACCUUCGGAUUGACGGAUGGGAUACCUCAAAAGCACAAGUGCGUGAGACUGACCGACAUUGAUAAACGUCCUACCUCGGUUCUGUCCGUUUCUCUGCAAGCCCAACAACAUUUUGCGCCCAUCCUUUAAGAAGAACGCAAGACUCCAUCAUGGUCGAGGACAAAGAACUCGGUGAGCCAACGCCGGUGGAAAACGUGACAGACUUGCACGAAUUUCAGAAUAAAGAAGGAUACAUCAUCGACGCCGCCGACCCUGGGCAUGCCAACCUCAAGCGAGCGCGCGAUGGCCACACGAUUCUCCUCCCACAACCCUCGUCCGACCCCAACGAUCCUCUCAACUGGAGCCGCGUCAAGAAGCAUGUCAUCUUGAUCAUCAUCUCCAUGACGGCCUUCCUUCCCGACUACGGAAGUGCCACAGGAGCAGUCACGCUGAUCCCACAGGCGGCGGUCUGGCACAUGACGGAGGACCACGUCAACCACUCGCAAGCCGGUAAUGUGUUCAUGCUGGGCGCGGGCGGCGUCGUCGUCGUCGCAUUGGCAGCUUACUUCGGCCGUCUUCCCGUCUUGUUCUACUUUCUUGUUCUGGCGACCGCAACGGCGAUCUGGUGCGCAGCGGCUCAGUCAUUCGAGGUGUUCAUGGCCGGGCGUAUCCUGAACGGGUUCUUCAGCACAGUCGCUCAGGGAGGAGGUCUCAUGUUCAUUAAUGAUAUGUUUUUCUUUCAUGAGAGGGCACGAAAGAUCAAUAUCUGGAGUGCCUUCAUUAUCUUGUCGCCUUACUUCGGUCCGCUUUUCGCUGCGUUCAUCAUCAGUACGCAGUCGUGGCGCGUUCCUUUUGAGGUAUAUAUUGCAGAGACUGCUCUCUGCCUCGUCCUAGCCAUCCUCUUCGUCGACGAGACAUACUACGACCGCCGCAUCCCCGCCUCAGACCAACCACCCCGAGGAAGCAAAAUCUCCCGACUCCUAGGCAUCUCGCAGUACCGGUCCCGCCAUCUCCGCAACAGUCUCGGUGAAGCACUCAUGCGUCCCAUCAAAGUCAUUCUCAAGCCCACCGUCUUCCUCUCGUCAUUCUACUACCUCCUGACAUUCGCAUGGGUCGUCGGCAUCAAUACCACCCUCUCAAUCUUCCUGACGCCACUGUACAACUUCGGCCCCAAACAGAUCGGGUACUUCUACUUCACGCCUAUCGUCGCGGCGCUGCUCGGCGAGGUCUGCGGCCACUGGCUGCACGAUUUCAUCGCAAGGAGUUACAUCACCAAACACGCCGGGCACUUUGAGCCGGAAGUCCGUCUGCGCGCCAUCUGGCUGUCCACGCCGUUCAUGCUCGCUGGUCUUGUUGGACUUGGAUUCGCCCUCGAAGAUGCGUACCAUUACAUGGUAACUGCCGUGUUCUGGGGAUUGUAUGUGUUCGGUAUCAUGAUCACCACCGUUGCGCUGAAUGCGUAUAAUCUGGACAGUUACCCUGAAGCGUCGGGCGAGACGUCGGCUUGGAUUAACUUCUGUCGCACGGCGGGCGGGUUCAUCAUCUCGUACUUCCAGGUAACGUGGGCGGACGCGCAGGGGACAAAGACGUCGUUCGGCAUUCAGGCUGCUAUCUGCGCGUUCGCGUUCUUCAUCAUCGUCUUCUUGCAGUUCUUCGGCAAGAGAUUGAGAGUCAUGGCUGGCGAGUUGAAGUUCCACACGUCUUGAGGGAGUUGUGGGACGUUUGCUCAGCGAUCAUUUUGGAGGUUGUCUUGUUUGGUGGCAAGUAGGUCUUUGAGCGGGUGAACAGGCGGCGCCAGAGAA